UUCCGUUCACCACGCAUGCGUACAAGAGUUGGUUGCUGACAGCUCAUAUUGCUGCCCCUUCUCCAGAGAAUUGCCUUAGGUUGAAUACCAGCUCCCUGCCAAUGUCUAACUCUGCCUCAAGUGAGAUUAAUUUUAGGGUACAACUCAUGCUCCAGAGCAUGCUGUGAGAACAGAAUGAACUACUCUUUACACAAAGUUCACUUUAUUUUGAUGUUUCAGGGUGGCUCCAACUUGACAUCUAAAUACUGUAGUCAGUCCACUUUCCCACCAGUAUUAGUGAAUAAUCUGUCCCUCCACAUUGGUUUGCAAUGUUUUCUUAAACUUUCUGUUUAUUUUUAGCUAUCAGGUUUACAUUCUUCAAGAAGGAUUUUAGCAUCUGACCUUUAGAGAUUAUCAUUUGAUAGGUGUAGAAUUCUGGUUACUUCUUAAAUGAAGAAGCGGAUCGAAUUUGUAAACGGCUCUCCGAGUUUUAAUGUAGCAGACCUAGACGGGAGGAGGGUUCACGCCGCUGGGGAGGGUCUGGGAGGCCGCUCUCUGCGCGGUGGUCCCGGGCUGGGGGUGGCCAGAAGGGUCAGAACGCACACAGCCGCGGCGAGGUGGCCCGGCCAGGCCGCAAGAUGGCCGCUACCUCGCCGGACCCUCCCGCGCAGGGCGCAGGGGCUGCUUUUAGGUGCUCCAGGCCUGGGCAGGGGCAGGCAGGAAAGGAGGCGCGGGGUGCGGAGAAGCGAGGAAGGGCUGUCGGAAGGAGGGAGUUCGAGGAGCGGAAAGAGGCGCGCGUGCGCGGAGGCCGCCAGCCGCCCGGGAGGGAUAAGGCCGGAGCUGCCCACUGCCUGGGACUGGAGCGCGGCGCGCCUGAGCCGCGCGGCCGCUGGGAAGUUGUGAGAGCGGCGCGCGAGAGCGCGCGUGCGCGCACGAGGCCCCGGGCCGCGAGCGCCCCGGUCGCCUCCCUCCGCUGUGGUCGCGGUCGCUUGGGAGGCGGCGUUCCCCGCCGUAGCCGCUGGCUCCUCAGGAGGGAGCGGCCGGUGAGCCCGCAUCCUGUCGGUGGAGUUGGAGGCCGACGGUCGCGGCCGCGUCCUUCUGGUGCUUGGGCAGCCCUGAAAAGCCGGGGCCGGGCGCGCUGGAGGAGAAGGCGGCGGCCGAGGCCGAGGCGCACGGCCGGCAGCCCUCUGCAGGCCGAGGGGACCAUGUCCGGGAGGCGCUUCCAACUCUCCACUACCGAACGCGUCAUCAAAGCUGUCCCCUUUCCUCCAACCCAACGACUUACUUUGAAGGAAGUGUUUGAGAAUGGGAAACCUAAAAUUGAUGUCUUGAAAAAUCAUUUGAUAAAGGAAGGCCGACUAGAAGAGGAAGCAGCCUUAAAGAUAAUAAAUGAUGGGGCUGCUAUUCUGAGACAAGAGAAGACUAUGAUAGAAGUAGAGGCUCCAAUCACAGUGUGUGGUGACAUUCAUGGACAAUUCUUCGACCUGAUGAAGUUGUUUGAAGUUGGAGGAUCACCUAAUAACACACGCUACCUCUUUCUGGGUGACUAUGUGGACAGAGGCUAUUUCAGUAUAGAGUGUGUGCUGUAUUUAUGGAGUUUAAAGAUUAAUUAUCCCAAAACAUUGUUUCUGCUUCGAGGAAAUCAUGAAUGCAGGCAUCUUACAGACUAUUUCACCUUCAAACAAGAAUGUCGAAUCAAAUAUUCUGAACAGGUGUAUGAUGCAUGUAUGGAUACAUUUGACUGUCUUCCACUUGCUGCCCUCUUAAACCAGCAGUUUCUCUGUGUACAUGGAGGAAUGUCACCUGAAAUUACUUGUUUAGAUGACAUCAAGAGAUUAGACAGGUUUACUGAACCUCCUGCCUUUGGGCCAGUGUGUGACCUGCUUUGGUCUGAUCCCUCAGAGGAUUAUGGCAAUGAAAAGACCAUGGAGCACUAUACCCACAACACUGUUCGAGGGUGCUCUUAUUUUUACAGUUACCCUGCAGUUUGUGAAUUUUUGCAGAACAAUAAUUUAUUGUCAAUUAUCAGAGCCCAUGAAGCCCAAGAUGCUGGGUAUCGAAUGUACAGGAAGAGCCAAACAACAGGCUUCCCAUCACUUAUUACAAUUUUCUCUGCUCCCAAUUACCUAGAUGUCUAUAACAAUAAAGCUGCUGUGUUGAAAUACGAAAACAACGUCAUGAAUAUCAGACAGUUUAACUGUUCUCCACACCCCUACUGGCUCCCAAACUUUAUGGAUGUUUUCACAUGGUCUUUGCCUUUUGUUGGUGAAAAAGUCACAGAAAUGCUGGUUAACAUUCUCAACAUAUGCUCUGAUGAUGAACUGAUUGAUGAUGAUGAUGCAGAAGAUCACUACAUUUCAAGCUAUCAGAAAGGAAAUGCUACAGUUCGUAAGGAGAUCAUCAGGAAUAAGAUCAGAGCCAUUGGGAAGAUGGCACGGGUCUUUUCAGUUCUUCGGGAAGAGAGUGAGAGUGUGCUGACUCUCAAGGGCCUGACUCCUACAGGUACACUUCCUUUGGGUGUCCUCUCAGGAGGGAAGCAGACUAUCGAGACUGCCACAGUAGAAGCGGUAGAGGCCCGGGAAGCCAUCAGAGGGUUUUCUCUUCAGCACAAGAUCCGGAGUUUUGAAGAAGCCCGAGGUCUGGACCGAAUUAAUGAGCGAAUGCCACCCCGAAGAGAUGGCUCACGCCCUGAUGGGCCAGUGAAAUCUGUAACUGCAGUACACUCAAAUGUUCUGCACAGGAGCGACCAAGGGAAGAAAACCCAGUAACAAACUCAGAGUCCUGCUGUGGCACAGGUGGAUCCAAAACUUAAGAACAAAUUCUAUUUAUUUAUUAUUGGGAAAUGAAACAACUCAAACAACUUAAACCUGGAGGUGCAUUUAUAAUUCAGUCUGCAUUUAUUCUGUAAGAAAGGUGACCAUUUUAUAAAUUCUUUUAAUUUAUGUUCAAUAUAUAUAAUAAGGGCAUCUGUUUUAUUUUUACCUUUUUUCCCUCCCCAAUUUUUAGGAACUAAUCUGAUUGUUGUCAAUACAUAUGUGAAGUCUUAUGCUAUAAAGGGGAUCUUCCCCUAAAUAAAAGGGCCUUGCAAACCUCAACCCUGGGUUUCUGACAUGAA